AUGGAUACCUUCCAGACUGAAUCAGCUUCCAAUAUAGACCCUUACAAUCUUCAGUCGGCCAUCUUUGAUCAUUCUCUCGUCGGCAAUGUUCAGGAUAUGACGAAUAUCGGCGUCUUUACUGACGGCAUGCAAAUGGAUAUGACACCCUUGACACCCACGAAUUAUGAGGACCUAAUGCCAGGUGUUCCAAGUCUCAGCAAGGAAGCCUCAAGUAAGACUAAUUCUUCUGAUAACGUACCGCUAAACACUGCCGGUGCUGGCCCUCUCCCUACCGGGUUUUCCACACAAAGCAUCCAGCCGUCUGGUUCGAGCAGUGUAUUGACAGAGUUCACAAAGAGGAGGAACUGGUCGCAGAGGGUUCUAGAUGAGCUCAAAGAUUUGCUUUAUAUCCUCACGUCGAACGGUAGACUGCUCUAUUUAUCUCCGUCUGCCAAAUAUCUCACUGGUUACGAACCUGCAGAGCUCAUGGGCAAGUCUAUAUCAGACUUUGUGCAUCCAGACGACGCUUCUUUGUUCAUUCGCGAAUUUAACGAGAGCAUAGCAACUGGCAACAAUCUUCGCCUUUUCCACCGCUUCCGUACUGCAGAAGACAAAUAUCGCAUAUUCGAAUGUCACGGCCACCCACAUCUUACGAAUGAUAAUCCUCAGGGUGAUAUGGCCGCUGGGCCGGCAGCAUCUGCGCCAUUCUGUCGAGGGUUCUUCAUGAUGGCUCGCCCGUACCCAUCCAAGAACUCCGAGCUUCUCGAUUCUUUUCUCGAACAUAAGAUUGAAAAUGUUCGGCUGCAAGCACGGAUUGCUGCAUUAAAACGAGAAGAAGCCGAGGAUGCUGAAACCCACAAUGACCCAUUUCACAAGCAACCAGGCGCAAAUGGUGCCAAGUCCCGUUCGAAUUCUGCAGAUAUGGCUCCACUUUCUCCAUCAAUUACUUCGAAGGGCGAUGCGACUGAGCCAUCAAGUAUGCCACCUCCAGCGAAGCCGACAAUCUCAAACGUAGCUCUCACACGUGAGGCACUCGACGAAGCAAACGCUCAGGCCCGGCCAGAUAGUAUCAGGGACAAGAUGGCACGUUAUGAGGGCUCGUCACAUGUCGAUUCUAUCGAGAUGUUCACAGGAUUGCGCUACCGCGAAGGGGAGAGAUCACAGGGAAUAUCUACUGGAGGCACCUCCCCUGCGCUCAUUCGAGGUGACGCCGGUAUCCAUAUUCCCAUUGACAAAGCCGAUGCAAGAUAUGGGGGUUCUGCAUAUUCAGACAAAAAAACCAAAAAGGUCAAGAGCGUUGAUGAAUAUGUUUGCACAGACUGUGGAACACUAGACAGCCCUGAAUGGCGCAAGGGACCAAAUGGCCCCAAAACGCUCUGUAACGCCUGUGGCUUACGAUGGGCUAAGAAGGAAAAGAAACGAUCUGGGGAUGGUGGUGCAGACAAUCUCGGAACAACAGGUAGUGCUGGCGGUGUCACUAUUGCCAGCUAA